GUAAUAUGGUACCUAUCUAAUGCCGCUUCCUAUAUACUAAAUAUAAAAUUUAUUGUAACUAUAUAUCUAUAUCCUUAAUAAUGUAAUGGAAGGUGACUUCAGAUGUAUCUCUGAAAUCAUUUUUCAACUUGACGACUCUGUAUAUAUCAAUACAGGGAGAAAAAAGCAGCCCUUGCUGAGUUUCUUGCCGGUUCUUCUCAGUACAAGGUCUCCCGCCGUAGUUUUGCGAACCGAUGGCGUAGCUUCUUGACCUUCACAAGUGCUUGUAACAGCCUAGACUGAAUAAAUGACUUUUCAUUUCAUUUCAUUUCAUAUGUAAUCGCAAAGUUCAAGUUUUGUAUCUAAGGGCCUGUGAAAAAUUCGCCAUUUAUUGGCCAUAAUGCCAAAUGUACAUUCAACUGUUUUUCUGGCACACGAAAGUCGGUAGUUAUAAAUCUUUUCUUUAAUAGAUAUGUUUCUGCUUGGGUAUGGUCUCAUCAAAUGUUUUAAAAGUGGAAAAGCUUCAUCCCCGACAAAUACAAAUGGCAUUUCAGAUCCUUCAUUAUCAUUUGGUAGUACUGAGCAUGGUGGUAAAUCCAAUUGGUUUGUUAAAAGUCUUUUACCAAAAUUUGAAUUUCGGAAUACGCUGGCGUCACUAUUGGAUCCGUAGGCACCCACGUCAAUAGCUACGAAGCUAUAGUUAGCAUCGGCAACAGCAAGCAGAAUAAUUGAAUAAAACUUCUUGUAAUUAAAUGACUCUGAGCCGGUAUAAUCAGGUCUUUCGAUUCUUAUGUGCUUGCCGUCAAUCGCGCCAACACAAUUUGGAAAGUGUGUUUGUAUGAAAAACUCUCGUGCUAUGUUUAACCAGUCUUCUUUUGUCAUUUCUUUCAAAUAAGUAGGCUGCAAAUAUAACCACAAGUGCUUGCACGUAUGAUGGAUAAUUUCACUGAUAGUCGUAGCGCCAAUCAGGUAUUCAAAAUACAACGACUUUAUGCUAUUUCCCGUAGCAAGGUAUCUGUGAACAAGAUUUUCAUUUUGUUUAUUUGGUUUCAGGGAACUCCAUACAAAAAAAAUGGAAAAACAUGAAAGAUUGUUUCGCUAAAGAAUUGACAGCACAACAAGGCAAAUCUGGACAAGCUGCCCCUUCAAAGAAAAAUAAAUAUAUUCAUUUCGAUUCAAUGCUUUUUCUAAUUCCUUCCAUGCAGAAACGAGAAACGAGCGGUAAUCUAUCGUCGCCUAAUUCUACUCAGGAUGCAAAUACAUCAUCGGAUUUUUCUACUCAGGAUAUAACAUUGUCUACUACAGCUCAGAAUUCACAACUAACUAAUAACAAUAGAACACCACUGCGAAAGAAGAACUGUUCUCGAGACAACAACAAUUCAACAGAAAUAGACAAACAAUUACUUGAUAUAUUAAAAGACAAACAAGCACAGGAAGAAGAGGACGAAGAAAAAAACUUCGCGCUUAUGUUAGUUCCUAUGUUACGUAGAUUAAAUGAAGACCAAAAACAUUAUGCGAAGAUUGAAAUCCUUAAUGUCUUAAAAAAAGCACGUACUCAUCCAUCUCCGCAACCACUAGGACAACACGUUAUCAACCAACCAGCUCAAUUUCGAGGACCAAAAAUAACUAGUUCACCAUUGUAUCAUCAAACAUAUACCCAGCCACAAAACCCCUAUCACUAUCAGUAUUCUCCACAAUCCUCAUCGAUGGAUACAAUAUAUUCCAUUCAAUCACCAUCACCAACAAUGCCUCCACCAAGCCCAUCUCCACAGUUAUCAACUACAAUUCAGCAAGCACCGGCUAUACAUCCAACGAUGCCGCAAAAUCAGAUACAAAUUAUCGACCAACAAAUUUUGAAACCAGCCAAUGAGACUGCCGAUUAUUUGACAAAAUUUGUAAAUCAGUUAGAAGACCAAGACUAUGCCUAAGAGUAACUAGAAAAAUUGGUUACAUAAUUAUAUUUUAAUUUACUUGUUGCGAAAUAAAACUUUAAAAAAAUUAAAAUUGUUUUCUUACCUUAACGUAACUGAAAGUCGCUCUUCAGGUGAUAUUGCAUUACGAAAUGAAGUGUCUUCAAAUUUUAGAUACUGGCCCACGUCAUGUAAUAAUUUAUCAAAAGUGCCAAUCGACAUUCUGUAGUAAUUAAAAAACUUAUCGGGAUGUUGACGCACGUUGUUGUACAUUUUGCAAAAGUAUCCUUUCAAAUGUCUAUGAUCAGUUAGUGGAUGUACCCAGUACCUAUGGCGGCGGCGUUGUUUAUGCUUUCUAUUUUUUAAUUUCAACAUCAAAGCUACAACACAUGCUGCUCGCCAGAAAUCCAUGGUGAAAUGAAAUAAAUUUAAGUAAAACGCUAGCCGCAGUGCGUGUUGAUGCCCGUUUUUGCGUUUUCAGCUUUUCCUAAACCGCGCGCGUUUAAUCGCAGUGCGUGCUAAGCCUAAGUCGGCAAUUUUUUGUCGGCGGGCUAGUCGGUGGCUUCACUGAUUAGAAGUCGGAAAACACCUCGUGUCGCCGGGCAACUGAGCGCUUGCGUACGCAAGCCGCCGACAAGCUGCAUGUGUCGGCGAGCAACACGCGUUGGCGCAGGUCGCCGACAUGAUUCAUUUCAUAUAGGCCGCCGAGGCCACUUUAACACGACUAUUGCGAUUGUCAUUCUAUCAACGAGAAAACGUAACCAGGCAACUACUUUAUUCUUUUCCGUGACAACGACACUAUGCCGAAGAUUUCCCGGUACGAUAUUUGGCUUUCAAAUAGUAUAAGGUUCAGUCAUACAGCGGGCGGGACGGGACAGCAACGCGACGCUGGCGCGUUAUAAAACAGUUGUAAUGUUAGUUCGUGAAUAUUGAUACAACUCCACUUAUAACAUAAACAAGUACUUAUUUGAAAUCCUUGUUAUUGUGUUUGCUGAUAUAAUUCGAGUUGAAUCAAUUAUCACGUAAGGAUACGUGUUAAGUGAUACAACUUACUUAUAUCAAAAAAGUAUUAAUAUAAAGACUUAAAUAAAUUACAUUUGAUGGUGUAAAUUGAUAGAACUGGCCCAUUGCGCUUGCAACCGCCCUCUCCUCCUCAUACCCCUAUCCCGCGCCUGCAUAGACACGGCUGUAUGCAGGCUCAUUUCAGCGCCGACGAUCCUGCGCAUCGGCCGCGUACUUCCGCGCCGAGCAAGGAUGAAGCGAAACGUGAGUUGUAGCAGUUUACACCAAUGAUUUCCACGUAAUGAUUGAGUAAAACCUGACGUUUGCUACUUUUAAUAAAAGUUAUUUUCAUUAUUUAUUUAGGUAUAGAGUAUCAGUUCAGUUUACAGUUUUUCUUAGUUUGUAUCUGGUUGAAUGUUGUGAAUAUUUAGUUACGGAAAUAGAAUAGUUCAUCAUUCAUUCUGGCGGUAACUAACGUAGUGUAACACUAAUGCUUUAGCUAUUUACCAACAUUGGCUUUGAAUGAUGUUUUCUAUUACAGUUGGCUGCAAAAGCACGCUUGAAUAAAAUAAUGGCUUCUGACGUGGAUAAGGAAAAUAAAUUUUAAAUUAAAAAAAAAAAUACGACGCAAUAUUACUACGGAGACGAGUGGGAGUGAAAAUGAUAUUAUUUGUGGACAAGAAAUAUUCCAAAGCAAUAAAAUAUUAAAUAAUCAAAACCAAAACAAAAUAAUAAAUGAUAAUGAGAGAAAUAUGGAGAACAACAAUAAUAAUAUUGAAACCGGAAGUACAACCGAGGAGAGAAGUAAGGAGAUAGUAAAUAGCGAUCAAAAAUAUUACAACUGAUACUAUCGAGAGCGCAAAAGAGAAUAUAGAACAAAAUUAUAACGAUUAUGUAGAUAGUAUUAUGAAUAAUGAGAUUAUAUCGGAGCGGGAUGAUUUUAGUUCUGGAAGUAGUGACUAAUAUAUUCCUAAUAGCGAAACCACUAGUGAUAGCUCAGUGGCAAACUUGCGGACAAAUAAUAAGUCAAAAAAGCCUAUUAGCGUAUCCGAAAGUCUAGUACUGCCAAUUCAUCGAGUGAAGAGUGGUCUAGCUCUAGCACAGAGAGUUUAAUGGAAACUGUUCAGCCGUCAGAAGAACAAAAGAGCCUGGCACUUCACGUCCGAAUAUUAAAAGAAAGAUACGAAAAUCAUUAAAGGAAAGAAGAAAGAAGGAACAGAAUGAUUUUACGCAAUUCAGGGAAGUGCUAUAUUACUAAUUUAGGAAAAUAAAACCAGGCAGAAAUUCUUACAGAUUGCAGAAUGAAGUGUAAUAACAGAAUCGCACAUGAAAUAAGGGAACAUACUUUUAAAGAAUAUUGGAGCUUAGGCUCAUAUAACGAAAGAGCUAAAUAUAGGUACGAGCAUCAGUCAUGAACAGUUCACCAGUGAUGGACAAUUGAAAUAACUUCUAUAAAAAUAACCAAACUUGAGAGAAUAAUGAAUUUAAAAAAAAAGUGCUAUAUUUUUAAUAUAAAUUAAUAUUUCAUUUUAUUUUUUGUAGGCGGAAUGUAUCACUUGCAAAAAAAGUGAUGUAUUGAAGAGGUUUAAUGAGUGUUCGAUGUGCCAUAACAGAAUUCACAUAUCUGACGAAUGCUCAGUUGUUGUUAAUUCAGGAGAUGAGUUAAGUGAGAAAAGUGUGUGCAAAUCUUGUAGCACAAUAGACGAAAAGUCUAUUAAAACGUGAUUUCUCUAAAUGCAGAAGAGAAUUGGAUGGGUCAGAACGAAAAGUCAAAAAAGCAGCAAAAAAAAGCUAGAUACAUCAAUGGCGAUUUCAAUUAUAACGAUUUUGAACUUAACACAUUGUCGAAACAUGGAAAUUUUCCACUUCUGUUAAAUGGAAACCAGAACAGUCUAAAACCUGUAAUGAUUGAUAAGCACAACUAUAUAGUACGCAACACAUGUGCUUUUGAUGCAUUCACACAACUUGUCAUCGUUGUACAGUACGAUUUUUCGAUAUAUGACUCUGUUCUUGAGGCUCUCGAAAACGUGAACGAGGAACCUGUUAACCAACUGUUUUUACGGAUGUUCUCGCAUGUGCUUACUGAUCAAAAAGUUACGCGUGAAACGUACAUGCGGCGAUGUAAGAUUCUGAGAAAAAUGGCUUCUUCACAACACAAGUAUUAUGGAGAAAUCAUUACUGAAGUAAUGUGCACAAUCAAUGUAGGCAUUGUAGCACAAUCAAUGAUGGAUGGAAUACCAAGUGUUAUCUACGAAACUUCCUGCACUGAUUGUUCUUUUGAAAAAAAUUCUGAUAACACUAUGAUUACUAUUACCGACUCAGAUUUGCUUGAUAGUGAAUUUAAUUCGAGGAUGGAAGAAGUACUCCUAGGAUGUUUACAGGAUGCACCUUCUCGUCACGGUUGGUUGGUUGGUUGGUCAAUGGUACAGAAUUAUCCACAUUACAAUUUGUUUUGAUACUUGUCAAACUUACUUCUGUAAUAAUAAGUGAAAUUAGAUAAAAUUAUUUUUUUAUUCAUGUAGGAAAUGCACUUCUCAUCAACAUUGAACAGAGCGGGUACCAACCAAGGAGAGUACCACCAGUACCAGUACCAGUAGUUUUCAACCCCCUACCUCUUUAUCGACAAAAACAUGAAUAGAAAGGAUUUUAAAAAUGAAAUAGUAAUGUCGUUGUCAAUAAAAAAUAUAAUGCAACUUACUUUUAAAUUUUAGAGUAAUGUGCAACUUAAAACCACCUUUAAUUUCAUCCCUCAUCCGUCAAACUAUGAAAAUAUGAAGAAGUAUGACAAUUUUCACGGAUUGACGGAUGGGGGUUGAAAUAAAGGGUGGGUUUGAGUUGCACAUUACUCUGAAACUCAAAUAAGAGAAAAAGAAAAUGGCAUUGCUAUUUCAUUUUUAAAAUCCUUUCUUUUCAUGUUUUUGCCGAUAAAGGGGUAGGGGGUUGAAAAUCGGGGUUGGGAUGUUGUUAAUUUUGUUGUCCUUAAUUAGCUCGAAAUUUUGAUGUAUAUAAACUAUGUGUUUUAAACAUUAAAACGCAGUGGGGGUGCUAACUUAAUUCCCAGUUAGUACCCCCAUUGAAAAAUUCGAAUAUCUCGAACUAGGGGGUGGUCGGAAAUUUUUUUCUUGUAGUCCUAAAUUAUCCUUAAUUAGUUCGAAAUUUUCACCGUUUUACUUUUUUUUUCGAAAGUGGGGGUGCCAACUAUAUAACCAUCAUUAUUUCAUCUUUCUUAAAUGAAUAUUACAAUCAUCUUCAUCUUUAUUGUAUCUUUUGUAAGAGGUUUAUUAGGUGCAAGGAUAGAAACCAGGAGAGGUCCAAUAUCAGGUAGUUGGAUUCUUCAUCAUAAUCUUUUAGAUACAACUAUUUCACAACUCCCAAUAAAUUUCUUGGGAGAUCCUGUUAUUCUAGGUAACAAGAGUCAAACAUUAUGCACUUUAUCACAAAUGCUUAAAACUGGGAUAACUGUUGUCCUGUUGCUGUGCAUUGCGAUUUCUGUGAAAACUUUGAGUGCAAAAUGGCAGAGGAAAUCCAAUCAAUGCUUUUUGGUGCCAGCAGAGUUCAGGUCACUAUAUAUAAUGGUGUAAUAUUUUUCAAAGGCGGACAAAAAUCUUUUUGUACUGUCUCAUCUUCUAAUAUUUAUCAGCUACUCACUUCAACUCCACUCAGCACCUCACUGGUUUUAGCCAGUGUCAGCCAAUUUCAGCCGCUUCAAUAACUGGCUUCGCCUUUUGCGCGCCACUGCGCGAGUUAUUCAAGCAGUGCAAGUUUUUAAGAGCGCUCUUUCUCGCCAACGACGGCGAUCGCGUCGACGUGCUACGGUAUCCUCCUCUCUACCGGGCGCUGUUUCCACUGCUGUUGUCCCUCUAACAGCAGACCAUAUAGAAGCCACAGAGAGGCAAGAGUAGAUACAGAAAAAUGGUUUCAAAGAAAAGAUGUGAAUCAAGUAUUUGUUAAAAGGGGAGAAAGCUCCUAAAGUAGAGUUUAACACCAAUAAGAUUCAAAUACAUAUCUAAAGUGGCACAAGCUUUAUUAACAAAAAGCUUAGGGAACGUUGAACCAGUUGAUACAUGCCGCCCUGCAUUCUCGGUUAUGAGAAAGAGGUCAUUUCGGAGAGUUUCCAAAUUAUUUGCGCACAGGUAAAUCCAGUCAGAAAACUAAGGAUCAGGUUUUUAGACCAGGGUCGAUAAUUUUAAAAAUGGUGAAAAGUGAAAAAAAAAUAUAGUAGGAUGAAACCCAUUAGAAAAGGUAGAGAAUAUAACAAAAAUGAAAGGAAAAAUAAAUUACGGGCGAUCUGAGGUC